GCCGUAAAGCGCGGAAGGUCGCCGUGCUCGGGAACUUUUCUUUCCUCCUUGCUCCUCCUUCCCAUGUCCUGUGAACCCUUUUCCGGUCCGCCACGACCCCCGGCGACGGUGGUGUGUGCCUCGCUCCCGCCAGGGCGCCUCUGAGCGCGGAGUGUGCGUCGCUCUCGCCAGGGUGUCUCAGUGCGGAGUCCGCGCCCGGGGAGCUUGAAUUCUUGGGAUCUCCUUAGCUGAGUGAGAGCACAUCUCCCAGCUGGUGACAGACGUGAUGUUUCACCGGUUCCUGUCGAUUAUCCGAAGACAAAGAACCAGCCCAAGAUGCCAGAACUGGUGCUUGGCAAGAAGCAGUGCGUCGGCUGCCGAGGCCCAUUCUGUCACCCUGCCUGCCCAGGCCCAGGUGGUCAUCUGUGGGGGUGGAAUCAUGGGCACAUCCGUGGCCUAUCACCUCUCCAGGAUGGGGUGGAAGGACAUCGUUCUUUUGGAGCAGGGCAGGCUGGCCGCUGGCUCUACCAGGUUCUGUGCUGGCAUCCUGAGCACUGCCAGGCACUUGACCAUCGAGCAGAAGAUGGCCGACUAUUCAAACAAACUCUACGAACAGCUAGAGCAAGAAACAGGGAUCCAAACAGGUUACAUAAGGACAGGCUCGGUCUUUCUGGCCCAAACACAGGACCGGCUGAUCUCCUUGAAGCGCAUCAACUCAAGACUGAAUGUUAUAGGCAUCCCUUCUGAGAUCAUCUCCCCCAAGAAGGUGGCUGAACUGCACCCUUUCCUCAACGUGCACGACCUGGUGGGGGCCAUGCACGUUCCUGAGGAUGCGGUGGUAUCCUCCGCCGAUGUGGCCCUGGCCCUGGCAAGUGCUGCCUCCCAGAAUGGUGUUCAGAUUUAUGACCGAACAAGUGUUCUUCAUGUAAUGGUCAAAAAAGGUCAAGUUACUGGUGUGGAGACAGAUAAAGGACAGAUUGAGUGCCAGUAUUUUGUCAACUGUGCUGGUCAGUGGGCAUACGAGCUGGGUCUGUCCAACGAGGAGCCGGUUAGUAUCCCGUUACAUGCCUGUGAACACUUCUACCUUCUGACUCGCCCCUUGGAGACCCCUCUGCAGAACAACACACCAACUAUCGUGGACCCUGAUGGAAGAAUUUAUAUUCGGAACUGGCAGGGUGGCAUCUUGUCUGGGGGCUUUGAGAAGAACCCGAAACCUAUUUUUACCGAGGGCAAGAACCAGCUGGAAAUUCAGAAUCUGCAGGAAGACUGGGAUCACUUUGAGCCCCUACUGAGUUCCCUCCUGCGUCGGAUGCCAGAACUGGAGAUGCUGGAGAUCCUGAAGCUGGUGAACUGUCCCGAGACCUUCACGCCAGACAUGAGGUGCAUCAUGGGCGAGUCCCCUGUGGUCCGUGGCUACUUUGUCCUGGCAGGGAUGAACUCGGCCGGCCUGUCCUUUGGUGGAGGGGCUGGGAAGUACCUUGCUGAAUGGAUAGUACAUGGUUAUCCUUCAGAAAACGUCUGGGAAUUGGACUUGAAACGCUUUGGAGCCCUCCAGAGCAGCCGUACCUUUCUGCGCCACCGGGUCAUGGAAGUCAUGCCUUUGAUAUACGACCUGAAGGUUCCCCGUUGGGACUUCCAGACUGGUAGGCAGCUGCGUACUUCUCCGCUGUAUGACCGGCUGGAUGCACAAGGGGCCAGAUGGAUGGAGAAACAUGGAUUUGAGAGGCCAAAGUACUUUGUUCCACCUGACAAGGACCUCCUCGCGUUGGAGCAGAGCAAGACUUUCUAUAAGCCAGACUGGUUUGACAUUGUGGAGUCUGAAGUCAAGUGCUGUAAGGAGGCAGUGUGUGUUAUCGACAUGUCCUCCUUCACAAAGUUUGAGAUAACAUCCACUGGGGACCAGGCUUUAGAAGUUCUGCAGUUCCUCUUCUCCAACGACCUGGACGUGCCCGUGGGCCACAUCGUGCACACAGGCAUGCUCAACGAGGCUGGGGGCUAUGAGAACGAUUGCAGCAUCGCACGCCUGAGCAAGCGCAGUUUCUUCAUGAUCUCUCCAACCGACCAACAGGUCCACUGCUGGGCCUGGCUCAGGAAGCACAUGCCCGAGGACAGCAGCCUGGUGCUGGAGGAUGUCACCUGGAAGUACACAGCCCUCAACCUGAUUGGCCCGCGAGCUGUGGAUGUGCUGUCUGAACUGUCCUACGCCCCUAUGACUCCAGACCACUUCCCGACUCUGUUUUGCAAGGAGAUGAGCGUGGGCUACGCAAACGGGAUCCGGGUGAUGAGCAUGACCCACACCGGAGAGCCAGGUUUCAUGCUGUACAUCCCCAUCGAGUACGCUCUGCAUGUGUACAACGAAGUGAUGAAUGUUGGGCAGAAGUACGGGAUCCGGAAUGCCGGGUAUUAUGCCCUUCGCAGCCUCCGAAUUGAGAAGUUUUUUGCCUUCUGGGGCCAGGAUUUAAACACACUCACCACCCCGCUGGAAUGUGGACGAGAGUCUCGGGUGAAGCUGGAGAAGGGCAUGGACUUCAUGGGCCAGGAUGCCCUGCUGCAGCAGAAGCAGAACGGGGUAUACAGGCGCUUCACCCUGUUCAUCCUGGAAGACCACGACACGGACCUGGACCUCUGGCCGUGGUGGGGGGAGCCUAUUUACCGGAACGGCCAGUACGUUGGCCAGACCACCAGCAGUGCCUACAGCUACACUCUGGAGCGCCAUGUGUGCCUGGGCUUCGUGCACAACUUUUCCGAGGACACUGGGGAGGAGCAGGUGGUCACAGCAGAUUUUGUCAACCGGGGAGAAUACGAGAUCGACAUCGCGGGCUGCCGAUUCCAGGCCAAGGCCAAACUCUACCCUGUUGCCUCCUUCUUUACACACAAGCGCCGAAAGGAUGAUGUGGAGCUAAGUGACUUGCAUGGGAAGUAACACCGGGGCAGUGUCGCCUUCUUCCAUCGUCUCAGCUGAGGAGUAUCCCUUUCCCUGACCUGCUUCCUCUUCACUGAACCUUUGCCUCAAAUUUCUUAUCUCCUUGAUAUAAGUUUGAACUUGACCUGCUUUUCAAAUUUUGCAACCUUUGCCUUCCCAUCCAUCCCCUGCUUAGAGUCCCACGGUGGCAGGAAGUGUACCUGACAGGACAGAGGCAAGCUUCCCUGUGGAAUGGCGUUGAGGUCAAAUUCUGUGUCUCUAAGGAAGGCCUGCAGUGUUGUCCAGGCCUCAGGGAAGGGUCCAUCUCACUGGUCUCCGGUUCCUCAGAGAAGCCUGUGAGAUGCAGCCCUGGCAUAGCUUGUGCCUUUAGCCAGGCAGAUCAUUGUCGCAUCCCAUCGCACUGUGGGUUGGCACCUGAUACCUCUACCAAGAGGAUGAUCAUCUACCUCACUGACAAGAGGCGGUACCCAGCCGCAUCUGGUCCACGGGAGAGACGAGUGGGUAACUUGGUACUGCCCUCAUCUGCCCUCUGGAGCCAGUUCUUACACCUUCAGGCCAGGGCAGCCUGCCUGAAAUUUUCUUCAUCUCUUGCUCAUCUCUCUAAUGAGGUGAUUUUUUUUGUUUCCUAGCUGAAUAAGCAAGUAUGCCGUGUCGCUUUUCCCAGCACAAGGGUCUAACUACAAACAGUAUGUCACUACCAAUGUGUGUUUCCUGCUGUGAAAACAGUGCUGCUUCCCUUUCGGUUCAGAGGUCAGUCCUGUCGAUUUUCCUCCUCACAUGACUCAGCCUCCCCUGUGUACUGUGUACUCGGCUCAGGAGCUCAGCAUAUAGAGCUGCUCCUUUAGAGCAGGAAGGGGACAGUCAGGCUGGCCAGAGUGAGUAACGAAGAAACCUUGUUCACACUGAGUUCCCAACAAAACCUGGAACUUCACGCCCCUGGCAUGGAAGAAACAAAGCCACAGAAUGAGUGCAGUGGGUGUGAGUUGUGUGCGGCUUUCCUCUUUUCAUCUCGGCUUGCUUCCUCUUCUAGUCAUCCCCAUGUGCCCUCAGACUGAGCUAUCCAGCCCCAGCACUUCAUUUUCCCAUGUAUGUAAACUGCCCUAAUCUGUUGGGGUUUUUUAUUAGUGUAAAAAAACCUACUAGAAAUGUUAGUUCAGCAGUAGUCUUUGUUGUCUUGGUAUCUUGGAAGCAUUCGUUUUGUUAAACCUGUAGAUACAUUAAAGAUCGUUUCAUGAGAGCAGCUUAACAUCCUCGGGUGUCUGCCUUAACCUUAACUGCUGUGGAAUCUGUUACCCACUUGGCAGAUUGGCUUCUCCUGGACAUCUUGCUGUUUCCCCAGCCAGCCCCCCCCCCCGCCUCCUGCAUGGUGACGUUGCCUCCACGUGUGUGUGUGUAAGCGUAUGAUUAGAACUGUUUGGGCCCAUUUCAUUUGCUGAGAGCUGCUGCUUCUAGGCAACCAGGAGGGUGCUGAGCAGGGCAGUGGCAGGGGGUGCUACCCAGGGCAGAGGGACAGCCCUCGGCCACCUACAGGCAGGGAGCUGGCUGAGUCAGUUGGAAACAAGGUAUUCACGCGCUUUCACAUGUUUGCACCACUCCAUAUCUUUAUAUCCCGAAGAAAUCCUUGAUUUAUGCACAGAUAGUACAACUGUGGCAAUAAAUUUGAGCUUUAACUUACAUAGAAGUGUCACCACCUAAGUUCCAAAUUGAAAAAGUAAAUGCAACCUCAAUAUGUAAGUGUCACCAAAGUAUAUUCAAAAUAGACUUUAAGGCUGUAUCAUUUUUGCACUUGUUAAUCUCUAGCAAAUUACUGUUCUGUUAAUUAGCUGUGCUGAGCAGGAGGGACAUCUGAUGUAUUGAAAAUCAUGUGGCGACUCUGUUGUACUGUAGAGCUAGAAAUCCUUUCCUCCAGAGGCUGUCAUUCUUCCCCUUUGAGCCAGUGGUGGUUGUCUUGCUGUAAAGGGACGGAGGAGGGGCAAGCGCUCAGGACUGUGCUUUAAAAACCUCUUAAGUAGGGUCUUUCUCUUACUCUUCUAUGCCAUCACUUGUGCCUGGAAUACAGAGGUUUACCUUUGGCACUGCACAUGCACCCACUGGUCUCCUCCCUUGGAAGUACAGUACUUUCCCAGCUUUCAGUCUCAUGCACACACAGGUGGCAUCAUUUGACUUUUCUGUAUCUGGUCCUGAUGGGAGCACUGUGAACAGAGACUCCUCCCUGCCUUGGUGGUCAGGAUCAGAAGCAGUGGAAGCCCGACAGCUGAAGGUAGGCAUUAUGGCACCCUGGGCUGCUGCAAAGAAGCGCUGGAUCUAGAAGACAGCUGAGAUACUGGCGGGUAUAA